CGUGGCACAAUGGACUUCCAAGCUGCGCUGGAGAAAUGCGGCAGCUUUGGGCGCUUCCAAUACGUCAUGUUGCUGCUCUACGGCUACACCAACAUACUCGGCUCAUUGCACUACUUUUCACAAACGCUCAUCACAUUCACGCCGGAGCAUUGGUGCUAUCAUGAGCAGCUGCAGCAGCUGAAUGCCACGCAGUUGCGCGCUGCUUAUGCGAAUAUCAGCCACGCAUCCUGCACCUUGCUGGAGCGCGUGGACAAUGGCACUGGUGUCGUCGCUACAACUGGCCAGUGUGCUCAUUGGAUAUUCAAGCAUGAAAGCAACUAUACGAGCAUUACCAGCGAGCUUGAGUGGGUCUGUGGCAAGUCUCAUCAUGCAGCAGUUGGUCAAUCAUUCUUCUUUCUGGGCUCAGUUGUUGGCACUAUAUUAUUUGGCUAUCUAUCGGAUCACAUAGGUCGACUGCCCACAUUGCUGAUGACAACGCUAUCUGGCGCAUGCGGCGAUUUUAUGACUUCAUUUGUCUACAGCUUGCCCUUGUUUGCCAUUUCGCGUUUCGUUUCCGGCCUGUCCACUGACACUAUGUACUAUAUGAUGUACAUUUUAGUGUUUGAGUAUCUCAGUCCCAAGCAUCGCACGUUCGGGCUCAACAUCAUACUUGCUUUCUUCUAUUGCUUUGGUCUGGUGACUUCACCCUGGGCUGCCAUUUGGAUUGGCAACUGGCGUAAGUAUCUUUGGAUUGCCUCGUUACCAGCGCUAGGCGUGCUGGCCUAUCCGCUGUUCAUUUGUGAGAGCGCGCAGUGGCUGCUGACAAAGCACAGAUACGACGACGCUGUCAAGAGUCUCAAAUGGGUGGCCAAGUUCAAUGGCCGCAAGCUGCAAGAAGCUGAGCUUAAGCAAUUUGUUCAGCACUAUUUUGACAAGCAUAACCAAGAGCAGAAAUCAAAAUACCAUGCAGACACCUUCAUGGGCAUGUUUCGCACUCCACGUCUACGUCGCUUUACGCUCACUUUGAUGCUCAAAUCCGUAAUCAUAACACUAUCGAACGAUGUAAUCCAUCGCAACAUGGAGGGUCUUGGCACAUCGCCAUUCAAGCUAUUCUCCAUAACUUCGCUCAACUAUUUGCCAGCGGGCGUAACAAUUCUGCUGCUGCAAAACAAAAUCGGACGCAAAGGCAUGGCCUGCGGUGCGCUGCUGAUUGGUGGCAUUAUAACCACAGUUACGGGCUAUCUUAUUGCCCAUCUGGACCCAAAACAGAAUGCACUGCUGCUUGCUGUCAUGAUCGGCUUGGGACGCUAUGGCGCCACAGUCAGCUAUGAUGCGGAGAUCCAAUAUGCAGCUGAGAUAAUACCAACUACUGUGCGAGGACGUGCUGUUUCCAAUGUGCACGUUGUAGGAUUGGCCUCCAGCUCACUGGCCUUCUAUGUGAUUUACUUGGCAAAGUUCUACAAGCCACUGCCAUCCAUAUUCAUAAGCUGUCUAAUGUUUUUGGGCGCCGGCCUGUGUCUAACGCUUCCAGAAACUUUAAACAAAAAGCUGCCUGAGAACCUCAAAGAAGCAGAGAACUUUGCCCAAGACGAGCCUUGUCUAUUAUUUCCAUGCCUUAAGAGAAAAACUCAAAGUUUAUCAAAUUCUACAUAAGAAAUAUAUUCGUAUUGAAAAGCGAUAUGAUAUUUUAUAUACAUAUAUUAACAAAUAACUAUAAGCAAACCAGACAACUAUCAAAUUUUGAAUAGUUCUAACUCAGCGUCCAAGCUUACUUUAAUUAUAGCUAAGCUAUAAACAAAAUAGUACACAAUAGAUGACGAAUUUUUCGAAACAAUUAAUUUUGAAAGGCUGCCAGUCUGCGAAAAACAAACGGAUUUUUCUUUUCUAUGCCAUUUUAU